UAACUCCCACCCGCAAACGGCGCUCCUUGCAGCCACUCUAGUCGCUAAGUGACUUCCGUCAUCAGCAUCCGCGCUGAUUGGUCCGUUAGACGCGCCAGGAUUUGAAUUCUACACCAGCCGGAGAAAGGGAAGAUAGAGUCGGGGAGCGGCGGUAUCGGAAACAUGAGGAGAAGCUCCGUCACCAACAGGCAGUCCCUUCUGCCCCUACGGGUACAGGAUGCCAACCGCAUGGGUCUAACAACACCACAGAGCAAAGACAGACAGGGCUUCGGGAAGCUCAGCAUGAGCAAGCCGCACUCGGGCACGUCUGAGAGGAAGACCAGCUUCUUCGGGAAGAGAAUGAGCAAUGGUACAGCCCGGACAAGCCAAUAUGGGGCCUUUGGUGGCACCGAGAAAAUAAAGGACCCCAGGCCCCUGCACGACAAGGCGUUUAUACAGCAGUGCAUACGGCAGCUCUGCGAGUUCCUGAAUGAGAACGGCUACUCCCAGACUCUGACAGUCAAGUCCCUGCAGGGCCCGUCUACCAAGGAUUUCCUCAAGAUCUUCGCCUUCAUCUACACAUUUAUAUGUCCCAAUUAUGAGAACCCGGAGUCCAAGUUUGAAGAGGAGAUUCCCAGGAUAUUUAAGGAACUCGGGUAUCCCUUUGCUUUGUCGAAAAGCUCCAUGUACACAGUUGGUGCACCCCACACUUGGCCCCAGAUUGUGGCUGCUCUCGUCUGGUUAAUAGACUGCGUCAAGCUGUGCUGCGUGCUGAGGAGUGAGAAUCCUGUGUUUGAAGAGCCUCAGAUGGGCGAGCAAAGCGAGAAUGGAAUUGACUUCAAUCAGCUGUUCCUGGACUACACAGUGCGCUGCUACGAUCAGUUUAUGGAGGGGCGAGACACGUUUGAGGAGUACGAUGCAGACAUGUGCAUCAGGCUCAAGGAAGCCUAUCACGUGGAUGAGUCCAACCUGGAAGCCCUGCAACAGGAAUCCAGGAGACUGCUGGAGGAAAUAGAGCGCCUGGAAAAGGAAAAAGAGAAUGAGCCUGACCGGCUGGCCUCCAUGAGAAAGCUCAAGGUUUCCCUACAAGCCGAUAUCCAGAAAUACCAGAACUACCUGACUGAGAUAGAGUCCCAUUCCACCCUGCUGGAGCAGCGCGUGAGCAGCGUUAGUGAGGACCUGGAAGCCACAGAGCUGGAGAGCAGAGCCGUGCAACAGGAGAACCUGCGCCUGAAGAACAUCCUGGACAACCAGAAGUACUCGGUGGCCGAUAUCGAGAGGAUCAAAUACGAGGAAAACGAGCUGCAGCAAACCAUCGCCAAACUGACCAAGGACCUCGACGAGGACAAACAGCAGCUCUGGAGCGAGGAACUGAAAUACGCCAAGAUGAAGGAGUCGGUGGAGACACAACUGUCGGAAUUCCACAAGAUCGGCCGGAAAGUGCGUCUGAUCCCUCCGACAGCCGAAUACGCCAACGGCUACGACUUCCAGAUCCAGUGCAACCUGGACAGUGAGCAGAGCAGCCUAAUCCACUACCGGAACAAGAUCAAUGUGCCGCUUGUGGAAAUCCUGUCGCAGUCGGAGGGACAGAUUGCCGGCGCUACCAAUAAGAAGAUGGGGGUCGAGGACAUGGUAGAACAGCUGAACACUCUGAUAGGAGAGAAGAAGAAUGAGGUGAAGGUUCAAAAAGACGAAGCUCAGAAGUUGGAGGAAACUUAUCAGCAGAAAGUGGAGGAAGCGGAGGAGGAUGAGAAAAGAUGGAUCUCUGAGAUCGAGUCCCUGGAGAAACACAGGCAACUGCUUGAGUCCGGGGUCAACAAAAGCCUGGAUGAAGCCUUAAAGGAUCUUCAGAAAGAGCAGCAGGAGCUGCAGCUGGUGGAGCAUCAGACUGAAGAAGAGAUGAGACAAGUAGAGAACAAGUUGGUCCGUGUGGUUCAUGCAGUGGCCAACCAUGUUGCAGUCAUAGAGAAACACCUGGAGGAGAAGCGGCUGAAGGUGGAGCGCGAGUACGAGGAGUUCAUGAAGGAGGACCUGCUGCUGGACCUGCGGGAGCUGCUGGACAAAUACAAGGAGAAGGCGCGGGUGUUGGACUCCCCCCCGUACUGAUGCGCAGUUAUUAUUAUGUGUGUGUGUCGCUCUGUAUAUAUGUAUUUUGUAUCUAGAACAAUCUCUCGCUGCCCCAUUACCUGUCUCUAGGGUCUCUCUGUGGGGGGCACGUCCCCUCCCACCUCUUGUAUCUUUGUACAUGUGUAUUUUAAUUGUUUUUAUUGCAUUAAAAAUAAAUACAUUUAUUGCGUUAAAGGGUAAGUUAACCUUGACAUCAACUUUUAGCAUAGCACAGACCGUGAUAGUCUGAGGCAACUUGCAGUUGGGCUUCAUUUUUUUUAUUUGUGGUUUUUUGUUUAGAAGCUCUUCAGUUAAAUUAAAUCAAAUAUCUGGUUGCUAGGGUUCAUUUACCCUAGCAGCUGGGCAAUGGUUUAAAUGAGAGAAGAUUAACAGGAGAGGCCUGAAUAGAAAUAUAAGGGAUAAAUAGUAAUACAAAUGUGACCCCCCCCCUAAAUCCAUAAAGAGGCAGGAUAUUAAAAUAGGCAAUUAUAGAACAUACUAAAAGUUAAUGGAAUGGUAAACUUCCCCUUUAAUGCUACUAAACAGUUGCUGUUAUGUAUUGAUUGUUGCAAUAAAGCCAAAGUUACACUU